AUGGAGCCGAGCACUGAUAGUGAUAAUCCCAGCGUUGGUGACCAACAUCGCGGUGGUGCGGGAUCUAUAAGGAUGCCGAACGAUACAGGAGCCGCCACGGCAAACCCAUUCGAGGAACCCCAACGCCGCAUCAGCGAAUACACCGCACAGGAAAUUGCAACACUACAAGCCCGUCUUGAUAAGAAGUUGGGGCCCGAAUACAUUUCUGCGCGACCUGGUGCUGCGGGGCAGAAAGUGCACUAUCUCUCCGCGGACAAAUGCAUCAAUCUUGCGAAUGAGGUGUUUGGAUUCAAUGGCUGGUCCAGUUCGAUUCAGACGAUUCAGAUUGAUUUUGUUGAGGAAAAUCAAAACACGGGCAAGAUCAGCCUGGGACUUUCAGUUAUUAUGAGAGUCACCCUGAGGGAUGGAACCUUUCAUGAGGAUAUUGGCUACGGGCAUAUCGAGAACUGCAAGGGCAAGGCCGCAGCAUUUGAGAAGGCCAAGAAAGAAGGCACAACAGAUGCUUUGAAACGCGCAUUGAGGAACUUUGGCAACGUCCUAGGUAACUGUAUCUAUGACAAGGAUUAUGUGGCCAAGGUGACCAAAGUCAAAGCAGCGCCUGGAAGAUGGGACGUUGAAGAUCUUCACCGUCACCCUGACUUCGCGCCCCCUCCUAAGAAACAGCCGCCUCCACCUAAGCGUGAACCGGAGGAGGAUGAUCUACCCCUUCCUCGUCCUGUACAUCAAGCAAGAGGCAAUAAUCCUGGGAAUAAUGCUUCUUUCGAGGGUGACGGAGAGUUUGGCAGUGACCUCUUUGAUGAGGCCGAUUUUGCGGUAGCUGAGACCGAUAUAGGCAAUCCUGAUGAGAUCGUAAUAGACACAGAGAUCCACCGAGAACAGCAGCGCCCUGCGCCAACAAACGGUCCAGCGCCUCAACGAGGACCGCCCGCUCGACCAGGAUUUAACGCCGCUGUUGUAACACCAUCAAAACCAGAGCGAUGGAACGGCUCGGGCCAAGCGGGACGACCUAAUCCCAUAAAUGCGCGACAGAACCCAUCCGGUAUCCCGUCCCCGCGUUACAAGGUCGACAAAUGGCCGGCCAGGAAUGCUGCACAAAACAACAUCGCCCAGGCUCCGGUCAAAAAGGAAACCGGCCCCGGGGGCUUUCAAGGGAACCAGGACAUGAAUCCACCGCAAGGCACACCGUCAACAGGCUUCUACUCCGCCAGAGCAGUGGACCUCCUUCGUGAAAAUCCAAACUCCGUCCCUUCAGGCGCACCUCAAUUCGAUCCACACGCGGAGAGUCCCUCCAUCCGCAAGACGGCUGGUGUAGAUCAUAGCAAAAGCAUUCCUAUUGCUAGGCCGAUGCUGUCGAGCGCAUCUCCGGCACCACCUAACAAUAAUACACGGGACUUUGUCAAUCCUGCAACGGAUAUGCAGCGCAGAGUCGGUGCUCCUGGCGGUGGAAUCAGCAGUCCGGUCAGCAGGGGCCCUUCUGUCUCAUCAUAUCGACCAUUGACCCGGCCCAAUAUUGACCAAAGGAACGUUUCCAACCCAGGCAUGGCCAACCGAGGCGCUGUGCCGCCCCAGCAGAAUCUCAACGGAAAGCGGCCUCCAUUGCUGGACGUCACCAAUGCUGAUGCCACACCCGGCGCAGGGGCCCCGGCACCCGGUCCAAACGAUCCAAAACGGCCCCGAGUCUCAGAUGCAGACUCUGGACCUUCUUCUGGGCCUCGUCCACCAACCCAGUAA